AUGCAAGCUCGUCUCCCUACGAUAUGUUCGAUAAUUCGACAAGAUCCCCCUGAUCCCUUACCAGUUUCAUUAGACGCUACUAUGUAUAUCCUCAUUGGUAUGAACCUUGGGGUUCCGAUUAAACAACUCUUUUUAGACGCUCUCGAGCAAAACCCACAAGACUACCAGAAUCCUGAAGCCUCAAAAGAAAAAGACGAUCACUUUUGGCUGGCAUUCUUCAUUUUGGCAAUAAUAGCGGCGAUUCUGAUUCUGAUCAUCAUGCCCAUACUCUUCGUGAUUGCCAUAAGAAAAUACGGAAGAUUGAAGCAACUACAAUCACAAUCUCAAACACAGUGA